AUGCCACACACAUCCCGCAAAAAGCGUCCCACCACCAGCAAACGUCUCCAAAUCGCCGACCCCUCCUCCGGCUGGACACACAUCACCACCACCGCCCACUCCUCCUCCUCCCACUCCCCAUCUACCUCCCACAAGAACAACACGAUAGACGAACUCCUCCCCGCCGAAAGCCCUCCAAAACUCACCCUCCCAAUCCUGCAAUCCCAAUUCGCGACCCACAAGCAGAAAUAUGAUCUCUCUGCGACGGCGCAAACGCUCCGGUCUACAAUCCAGAAUAUCUUCUUCCACCGUAACCACCCCGACGACAACAACGACAACAGCAAUGACAACUCCGAUACACAACCCCCCACAGAAAUAAUCUGCAUAGGUCUAGGCAGCCUAAGCGGCCUCCUCCGCGGCGGAUGGGUCGAUCGUCGUCGCGUAUCAAUGUAUCAGCUUGCUGCGCUGGUGGGGAUCAUCGAGUGUUUUGAAACCCGAGGGAAGACAAUCCCAAUCUACGCCCAAGACCCCGUCUUCAACACCCUCGACAAAGCCCUCCUCUCAUCGCUCAACAUAACAGUCGUGGAGUCGCCGCGCGCGUUCGAGGCAGUCGGUCCGCGCACGCUGCUUUUCUGUCCUGGGGUGGAGAGGGUUCAUCUGAAAGAUAUGAUGGUGCGCGGGCCGGGGGUUGUUGUUUCUUCUUGUGAUGAUGAUGAUGUUUAUUCGAGUUUGAGUAUUGGUCAUGGAGGUAGAGGGGAUAAUCACGAUGGUGAUGGUGAUGGUAAUGGUGGUGAUGAUAGUAAUGAAAAGAGAGAGGUGAGGACUAGACAAGGAGUCAAGUUACCUCUGUUUGAAGAGCAGGAGAGUGCGUUUUGGGGGGUGGGGGUUUAUCAUUACUGA